AUGGAACAGCAUCAUCAGCAACAACAACAACAACAAAAAUCAGCAACCACAAGGAACGGUGGAGAGAAGGAACAAUACACCCCUUCUGAUCAUCGAUCCCGCGCUACGUUCGAAUCGUCCGAACCCUUCAACAUUUUCUAUCAGAACGUCGGUGGUGUUAAUAGUUGUUUGAUUGACUACUUGUUGGCGACUUCAUGUUCUUGCUACGACGUCAUUGCCUUCACCGAAACCUGGCUCAACGACCGGACCCUCUCUAGUCAGAUUAUUGGCCCAGAUUACGCAGUGUUCCGUUGCGACCGUAGUCCUCGUAACAGCAAAAAGUCUACUGGUGGUGGAGUGUUACUCGCCGUGAAAUCUACGUUUCCAGCUAAGCAAAUUGAAGACGAUUCCUGGGCCAAUUUAGAACUUGUUUGGAUUCGCAUUGAUUUCGGAGAUCGGAAACUUUAUUUGUGCGUAGUGUACGUGCCCCCUGACCGUUCUGGAGACUUGGCUUUAGCUGAAUCUUUUUCGCUCUGCCUCUCUAAAAUAAGCUCGAUUUGCUCUCCGGCAGACGACAUACUCAUCAUCGGCGACUUCAAUCUACCCGGUUUGAAAUGGUGCUCCUCCCCAAGCGGCUUUUUAUUUCCGGAUCCUGCUCGUUCUUCAUUCUCAGCAUCCUCUAAUAUCUUCCUGGACUCCUUGAGCACCGCGACUCUACGACAGAUCAACAAAAUUGAAAAUGAAAACGGCCGUAUGCUUGAUCUCUGCUUCGUGAACGAAGGGAUCAAGAAUCCGACGAUCGAAUCUGCUCUUGCUCCUCUGGUUAAAACUGUCCCGCAUCAUCCAGCCUUAGUGAUUUCACUCGAUAUCACUAAAAUACUUGGCUCAGAAGAGAAAACUGCGUCUUUCUAUCACGAUUUUAAGAACGUUGACUUCGAAGCCAUAUCCCUCGUCCUGCAAUCCAUUGAUUGGGAGGCUGAGCUCGAUUUUUCUAAUCCCAAUGCAGCUGCUGAGACGUUUGCGAACAUCCUGAACUAUAUCAUCGAUCGCCAUGUGCCGAAACGUAGCACGGCUACCAAUCUACGGACCCCCUGGGUUACUGGAAGUCUUCGUAGACUUAAGACGGCUAAGCAGCGCGCACUACGCAACUACAACAAACACAAGUCCCUCUACACUAAGGACAAAUAUCGCAAAUUGAAUUCUGCCUAUAAGAAAGCCAUCAAGCGUAGCUACCAGAAUUAUAUUAAUCGGUUACAACAGAAUUUCAAGAGCAGUCCGAAAUCUUUUUGGCAGCACGUGAAAAAUCAGCGGAGAGAAUCAGGGCUUCCGUCUCACAUGUUCCUGAACAGCGACACAGGGAACUCUGAUCCCGAAAUUUGUGAUCUAUUUGCCGAGAAGUUCUCCAGCAUUUUUACAACUGGAUCCAUUUCUCCUGAGCAACUGGCUAGAGCUGUGAGAAAUAUAUUGCCUACACCUUCUUCGUUUAACGGUAUCACAAUCGACGAUGCAUCCAUAUCGAAAGCGACAGUUAAGCUGAAAAACUCUACAUCUUUGGGCCCGGAUGUUCAACAGGCAGUUGAGGAACUCACGAGCUCCCCGAAGCUUCAGGAUGCUGAGGCUCCUGCUGAGUUAGCGGUGAUAAUGGCGGGCUUUUACGACCUGGUGGAAUGUGUUAGGAAGAAGUCUAACAUCCACAUAGAGGUCCGUUUACGUCACGGCGAACAGAGCGGUGGUGAGCCUUCUUACGGCACCGGAGUGCCGGAGGAAGGCACGUGA